AUGGCUGAUAGGCAAUGCAUUGGUGGUGGUGGAUCAACUUUGAGCUUGUUCUUGAACUCGACGUUCUGUUUGCAGCCCAGAGAUGAUAGCUUUACUAGGAGAUCUAUGUUUGAUUGCAUAGUGGUGGGGGCUAUUCUAGUGAUGUUCUGGAGAAGAAGUGCACAUGAGCAAUAUGAGUGGUACUUGCCCAUGGGGGAGGAGAAGGAGAAAGAGUGGUUGGUGUUUGCGGAUAAGAGGAAUGUGAGAAGAGGUGUGGUGAGAAUGAAGGAAGUCUUGGAAGGGAUUGAGGAAAAGAAGGUGAGGAUGAUGAGGAAGAAGGUGGUAGAGUUGAUUCCCAAGUUGGUGUACUUGGCCGAAAAGUGGCUAUAUGGAGGACGUCGUCGAUGUGGAGCUCAAUGGGUUUUUCCAGAGGGUGGAGAAGCAUAG